AUGUUUAACAAAGUCAUAGAAUCUGUUAAACCAAUUGAAAACGACAUAAAAAAUCCCGGUGUUCUUGUAGACCUUUUCGCCUCAAAAUUACCAGUUACAACCAAUCUAAUAGCAACACAAGCUAUAGAGCAAUUUAUUUUAUGUUUUCCCAAGCAAUAUAGACAACACCUGAGGGAAACAAGAAUAGGAAAAUUUCAAUUGGUGUAUCCUACAACAUACAACUAUUACGAAGAAGCAAAUGAAUAUGGAGAACUCUCAUUCCAUUUCACACUUUCAGUUCCUGAGGGAGAAGAAAAAGCAAUCUAUCAUGUACAAUCUCUUGCAGGAUGUGAAGGAAAACCUCACAUCAUAACUACUGUUGCAAUUGACAAACCUGCAAGAGUCGAAGACGAUGUUUUGUUCGCGUCCAUUGCUGGUUUUGGCAUGGGAGAACCAAUUCCAAUUUCCCAUUUCACAGAAUACUCAGCACAACAUUUUCAAAAUGUAGAAUUCGUGUUCUACGACCAUCAAAAGUUCCUGCUAACAAAACCAAAGAAACAAUUUGUCUCAAUAUUUGUUGCUGGUCAUGUGGCUGACAAAGAGCCAUCAGAUACUGACUAUGAAGAAGAGGAGGAGGAAGAAGAAAACGAUAGCGAUGUCGUUCUUAUCGAAUAA